GCAGAGUCGAGCAGGAGCAAUGGUGCCAAGAUCAGCAGUUUGUGCAACUGCACAAAUGUUCCCAGUGUUGGCCGCUGUGCGGUGGAGGAAGUUGUGCUCUCGAAUGACGAAAAAGACAACGCAGCUAGGUCGUGCAUCUUCCAGGAGGAUACGAUGCAGGAAGUUCACAUUUUGAUGUCAGAGGCUAGCCUUUCAGGAAAGGAAUCCGAGCUUCUAAGAUGGCUGCAGAACGUCACGGUGAGCGGGAAGUCCGUGGGGCUACUCCCAAGUCUUGAAGCUCAUAUUGCAGACCCAGGCAGUUCCAUCCCGUUGAGCAUUGUUACGAACAAGCUUCCCACUAGCAUCCAAAGCACCUUCGAGAUGCUUAUUCCGGCCAAGUUCCUGACAGGCGUGGGCACCCGGAUGCUUGCAAGCUUCACGGAAGAUGAAACAGACGCGGAGGUCACGGACAUUCCUCUGGUGGUCGUGCCGCACGCACCGCUUAUCUCAUUUCGGUUCGACAAGGGCAGCACUGCAUUCCUGCUACCAGAAUUUUCAGACUCGCAGCAAAGCUACGCGCUGUGCGGCGGGAGGGACACUAAUUUUAAGAUGAGCAUCGAUGUCUCUGAUGCGCGGUUCACUGUGCAAAGGAUGCAAGGGAUUGGCCGUUUAAAUUGCAACCGCGCCACGAAGGGGGUGGAGUGGAUGGAGUUGAGAGUCGUUCGCAAACCCGAGUCCUGCUUCGGUCCUUGCCCUCGGUACCAUCCAAGGUCUACCAGACCUGACGGCUAUAACGGCUAUGAUAUACUUUUGGACAACUCUCCCGAUGCCUGCCUGGACGAAGCCAUGAAGCUCAUGAACAUGUCCGCCUUGCUGAGGAUUCUGGAGCUCAUGGAAUGGGCGGACUCUGUUGAACAGCUGUUCAAGGUGAUGACUCCAAAUCAAUUGUUCCUGGGUGAGACACCGCUGCAGGUGUCAUUGGGCAGCAGGGCUUUGCGGGAGCUCUCCUUGUCUUAUCCCCAGAACCUUAUCGCUUUGCCUACUGAUUCUGCCGUUCCACAGGGUGCUUAUUGUUAUAACCUUUGA